AAGAAAGGGACUUUUUGAAAUAACAGCGCGCCCUGUAUCCACCACGUGACUAAGAGGAUGACGCAAGUGAGAAGUGAACUUUUUUGAUUUCCGUUGAGGGCAAUCAACUUAUGAUCUUGAGCGGAUUUUUUUCAUUAUGACAACCCUUGUUCCUCUUUUUCUCCUAACGGAUUCGUCUUUUUCUUCCCGAUUCUAAAAUCGCUCCAACUGUAUGGAUGUCUCUCAACUAUGCAUGACCGAACGCCGCAGGGACAGUGGGAUCCUUUCACCAUCGUCGUCGCAGUCUCAUUCAGUUGCCGCAAGUAGUGAAACGGAUACUGAUCCUCCGAAAUCGCACGAAUGGCAACCGUAUCGUGUCCUUCCCUCCCUCACGCCCAAGUCUUCUGAAACCGACAAGCAACCCCUUCCACACUUAUCGCAUCUAUACCCAUUACUUUCGCCGUCCUCUGUAAAUACAACUGGUCCUGACCUUAAUAGCUCCAGCAAACCGGCAUUACCUCCCGUAUCACCGCUAAUUCGUUCACCCUCCUAUCACCUGUAUCGCCCUCUCAAAUCAACGCCAAAACUGGAUCCCGUGCUUUCCCCUCCUUCGUCGUCUUAUCAGCGAGCCCAUUCGUUCCAACACUCUCCAAGUCCACCCACGGAUCUACAUGAGAUCAUUGAGAAAUGCAGCUCAUUAUGCAAAGAUUUAUCAGCGUAUAAAAAUCAUCAAGGUCAACGUGAUGAAGAAGAACGUGAAUUACUAUUUAAAGGAGCCACCGAUACUGCCCACCAUAUCCUGGAGACACUUCAAAGUUUGGAUCGUCAGUUGUCGAACAGGAAACGAUCCUGGGCCACCGCAACGGGUGAUGAAAGUCCAUCACAGGCACAGAGUCAAACAUCAUCAUUUUCUGAGGAGUUUGACGAUUCGGAAUAUCGAAUGAUACGUCGAGCACGCAAGAUGCCGGAUCAAACAAGGUCCAAAUAUCAGCGUCGAAACAAACGAAGUCUGGUUGGAUUAUACUGCCACUCUUGCCAAACCACUGAAACACCGGAAUGGCGACGAGGACCAGACGGUGCUCGAACACUCUGCAAUGCCUGUGGACUACAUUAUUCGAAAUUACUACGAAAGGGCUCGCUAACCGUACAACCACAGAAUCAUAGUGUCACUGGAGUUGGCAACUCGCUGUCGCAUACUCCGCAUACUGGAUAUAGGUUCAUGGUUCAAGGCAGCUCCCCCGGAAGUCUGCAUAAAAAUUCUUUCCUACCUGAUCAACCACUUCCAAAACUCAUCUCUUCUGUCAGCCACGGUUCGCGUCAUCAAUCUUGAGAACCUUACAGUUGCCAGAUUUUGCCCAUUAUCACGAAUCCAUUUAUCCACAUCCUCACCGUAAACCAAAUUAGCUCACCGAAUUCGGACAUUGCGCUUCACUCUGCAUUGCAUCGCUGAUUCAAGAACAUAAAUCUGCAUGAAAAAAAAAAAGCGAACCCAUU